UAGCCUCUGUGCAUCAGACUACAAACAUACAGUUCAGAAAGGGACUGAAUCCACCUGUUUUGGACAUGAUGAUUUACCUUGCAGGACUGGUUGGCUUUCUGCUGGCGCUGACUGCUGAGGCCAGAGUUGGAGAUUCAUCCAACGUCCCCUUCUGCAGUGAGACAGAGCAAUGUCUGCUGUUUAAUGAAACUUGUAAAACUGAAUGCUUUGAGGUUCGUCACUAUGACUCUGCUAAGUUGGUGUCGGCUACUGAGCGUUCAUGGACGAUGUGGAUGGCACUGAUGAGGUCAUUCAGACGACUGUAUGCUUACAUUAGUGGUGACAAUGAGGAUGGAGUACGGGUCCAAAUGGUGUCUCCUGUUAUUAUUAAAAUGGAGAACAAAACCACAUUUACUAAAGAAUACACAAUGAGUUUUGUGCUGCCAGCUGAACAUCAGGCAAAUGCUCCAAAACCAGCUGAUGAUGAUGUAAUCAUCGAAGAACUGACGGAUGUCACGGUGUACGUCAAGACCUUUGGGGGUUGGAUGAAUGGGUGGUCUAUCAACAGAAAUGUAGGGAGUCUGUCCUCAUGCCUUAAGUCAGCUGGUGCUAAAUUCAAUGAGGAAUACUACUACGUCACUGGAUACAACAGCCCGAUGACAACCAAAAAUAGGCACAACGAGGUGUGGUUUGUUGCUGUUGGUGAACCGAAAUGUUCCAGCAAGAACUGAAUAUUUUUCCUCCACCUGAAUAUUAGAAGCCCUGCACAAUGAUCACAGUACUUGUGGUAUAUAGCAUACAGUAUAUACACAGGGAUUUCGUAGUUUAGCAUGACCUGAGGUUUAAUACAAUGUAUGUUAGAAAUAGCUUGAUAGUGAUGAUGGAGAUCUUAAAAAUUGCAAUUGAAAUGAAUCACUGUACUGAUUUUUACUACUCUCUGAUGGGAUUCUGAAAACUCAAUAAAGUUGCUUGUUGUAUUCA